AUGCCCAAGGCCCGUCAAGCACCAUGGCAGCUCGAACUUCCAUGGCUACAAUCGCGUGAGCUAACCAACAUACCUGCUGUCAACCGAAGGCUAUUACAAUUUUGGUUAGAGAAUGUCUGCCAGGUGAUGACACUCGACCCUGACAACAAUCCGAUGUCUUUUCCUGUUGUCGAGCAACUUGCUGACUCGAAAGCUCUCGUCCAUGCGCUACAGAGUGUGAGUGCUGGCUAUGAACUCUACUACGCUCCAUCCAGUAUCACACAGUGUAUCGAAGAGCGAGGUAAAGCUCUCUACACUAUGCGGCAAGAAAUUCAAGCACCGACCGCCAUUCGCGUGCAGUCUUUCCUUGCCGUCUGGAUACUAGGCUUGUCUUCACAGUGGAUCGACAACAGUGUUGGUGCUUUUGGAGAGCAACAUUUGAUGGCAGCUCGGGCCAUACUUGACAGUCUACUGCAGCAGAAGGAUUUCCCCGUUGAUCAUCCUUUCCGACCUUUCAUCGUAGGAGCAUUCAUUUGGUGGGACAUGGCCUGCUCUUUUCUAGUUGAAUCAUCAAAGCAGAAGCCACUGGACACCCCCGAAAUAUUCGCUGCAGUCACCCUCUUGCGCGGCAAGUUUUGCACGUUAAUGAGUCAUGCUACGGAGCUUUUCUACCAUCUUUGCUCCCUCGGGCGUUAUUGCCGCAUUUUUCUUGAUUCAGGAAUCAGGAAUCAGGAAUUUGAAAUCCUCAUUGAGCACGAACUUCUGACAUGGGAACAUUCGUCUCAAGAAGACAAUCUGAAAACCCUGAAUGAAACGUUUCGACUUCAUGGGUUGGUUAUGCUCUACAGGCUCUGCAAGGACGUUGCUAUCGAUAAUGAAGAUAUUAUUCGGGACCACAGUCAAACAAUAUUACGCAAUAUCUCUCACAUCAGCACCGACAGCCCGAUAUUCAAAUUUCUUACUCUUCCCCUUCUAUCCGCAGGGGCCGAGCUCUGUAAAGAGGAUCAAGAAAUGCGAGUACAAGUCGUCAAAUGGUUUGCGGUACUCUACUCGCAUGUACGCCUGCCGACACUGAAUUGGACUACAGCUCUCUUGUACGACCUUUGGGCCAGGAGAGACGCGGGAGAACAAAUUAAUUGGCUGCAAUUGAUGCUACAGAAAGGUUGGGCCUUGAUGCUGGGUUGA